AUGGAUAAAACCAAACUAUUCAAAGACCCUUUCGUAAGACCGUGGCUGAAAAAUAAUGGAGUAGCAGCAUCCACUGGAUCUGGAAAUGUUGGACUAAAAGGAAUCGUAGCUGGUGGAAUAACAGGAGGUAUGGAAAUAUGCAUAACGUAUCCAACAGAGUACGUAAAGACACAGUUACAAUUAGAUGAAAAAGGUGAUAGAAAAAAAUACGACGGUAUAAUCGAUUGCGUUAAAAAAACUGUAAAAAAAAACGGAAUUUUCGGUUUGUACAGAGGUCUUAGCAUAUUAAUAUAUGGAUCCGUGCCUAAAGUCGCUGUGAGAUUUGGAGGAUUCGAAACAUUCAAAAGUUACAUGCAGAAAGAAGAUGGGACUUUAUCACCAGCUGGAAGGUUAUUGUGCGGAUUAGGUGCUGGAGUAUGUGAAGCAAUUUUCGCCGUUACCCCAAUGGAAACAAUCAAAGUUAAAUUCAUAAACGAUCAACGUUCCGAGACACCUAAAUACAAAGGAUUAUUUCAAGGACUGGGGGUAAUUGUUAAAGAUGAAGGUUUCGGUGGAUUAUAUAAAGGAGUUACAGCAACCAUUAUUAAACAAGGUACCAAUCAAGCAACAAGAUUUUUUGUAAUGGAAACAUUGAAAGAUUCCUAUAGAGGAGGAGAUCCUGAUAAAAAAAUCCCAAAGUUGUUGGUAGGUCUGUUUGGUGCUUUUGCAGGAGCUUGUUCAGUAUAUGUUAAUAAUCCAGUCGACGUCGUUAAAACUCGCAUGCAAGGCUUGGAAGCUAGCCGAUACAAAAAUACAUUGGAUUGUGCUGUUCAAAUUUUGAAAAAUGAAAGUCCUAAAGCAUUCUACAAAGGCACAGUACCAAGAUUAGGUAAAGUAUGUCUUGACGUCGCUAUCACCUUUAUGAUUUACGAUAGUUUCAUGGAUCUGUUCAAAAAAAUUUGGUAG